GAAAUUUGUGAAAACAUUUUAACAAACAAAUUUGGAAAAAGCAACAAAAAGAUGCUGCUGGAGAUUUUUGUGUUUGCAGGGAUUACCUUUUUCGUGACAGGGGCUCAGUGUGAGCAAACUGAGGUGUUUGCUGAAGCAGGCUCCCAGGCUGUACUACCCUGUAAAUGCAACCCUUUGUCCUCCUCUAUCCCUUACAUCAUCUGGAGUCAAGUCAACAAAGGCACUGUUUGGAGAAAGGAGAAGACCGGUCUGCAGUACUGGGGCGCUCGCUGGUCACCAAAAGGAGUCCAACGCGUCCAAUGCCCCCACUCGAAGUUUGAUAGAGGAGAUUUCAGUCUGCAAAUCAAUCAUGUGAGAGAGGAGGAUGGAGGAGUUUACAACUGCAAGGUGGAGCAGGGAAACCAGGUCACUGAAAACCAGAUCAUACUCAGAGUCAUUAAAGUGUCCGUCUCUCCAGCGGUUCCCAUAUGGGGGAAUGAUGUCUCCAUCAGCUGUGAUGUGACUCCGUGGCCUCAGGGAGCGUCUGUGGAGUGGACGCUGAACAACAGCACAUUCACUCCGGCUGGAAUGGCACCAAAAAGCGAUAUCGCAAAGCAUGUCGUGAGAGAAAAGGCAAGUGUGAGACUGACAGGAAAGUGGACCUGCGUGGUGAGCUACAAGGGCGAAGAGGGGCGAGCUUCUGCUGCACUGACUGUGAAGGGAAUCAUCCGCCCGUCCAAAGACAACACCAAAGUGUACGCCGCUGUGGGAUCUGCAGUCGCUCUCCCCUGCAUGUUCUCCCCCAGUUUGAUUCCCUCUAAUCCAGUCUGGGAGAAGCUAAAACCUGGGUUUCUUUUUAAACCUGCUCCCGGUCGCCUUCCUGCCUCUUUCUCUCCACCAUCAACGUUCUCUCAGGUCGCCUUCGAUAAGUCUGCCGGUUUGAAAGAGGUCGAUAUUAAGGAUGAGGGCAAGUACAGAUGCUCUGGCGGCGUAGAAGGACAGCGGUUGUCUCGAGUUAUGCAGCUUGUCGUGGCCAAAAUUGACAGCAGCAUCCCAUCAGAGAAAUCAGGCUCUGUGACUCUGACCUGCCAACUGACCGACCCGAGCGAGGUCACCGACUAUGAGUGGGUUCAUGUGGUCUAUGACCUCAAUGGCACCCAGUCAAUCGGGUCCAUCCAGAAGGGGAAGACUCUGACUAUAAGCACAAAGUCUGAGGAGAAUCGGGGUGAAUGGACAUGCCGUUUCUACGGGAAAAGGGGCGUUUUGGGAAAUAUAACGCACAACAUUCAAGUGAUGAGUGGUCUGAGUGGACAAAAACCUUCAGGUCACUCACAUAACACCCCUGCAGUGAUCGGUCUCAGCUGUCUCCUCCUUGUUCUGCUGCUAGUUUUGGCUCAGAUGUACAAGAACCACCAAAGGAGAAAAAGGAUCUUUCAGUACCCUGCACUGGAGACAAUUGUUCAUACCGUCUCCAACGAGCGGGAGGAGAGAGAAAGAAACCAAGCAGACCAGAAACAUCGCAAGAGAGAUCUCACAGAGCUAAACUGAAAUGAGAUCUAUCUUCUUCAUAUCUACAAUAUGUUGGGAGACUUUUGUUUGCACAAGUUUUGUAAAUACAAUAUUUUCAGAGCAGACGUUGUAGCAGUUUGUUUAAUCUGAAAUGUUUUGUAAUAUCCUGUUGUUUGAGUUGUGUCUUUUUUAUUAUUAUUCUACUGUAUGUUAACAUUUGUUUCCAUGUAUAU